AGCGAAGCGUCGAGAACUAGUAGAUAAAAGGAAAGGAGAAGUUCACACUGCCUGAGCAGUCGUGUCACGCAAGGCGGGUGACCUGCAAGGCAUUUGCUGGCUCUUCUUUCUCCUCCCCCCUCCCCCCUUCCCUUUACCCGCCCGCUCGCUGGGUCCACCAUUACUAGACACGCUUAGAUCGACUUUCAUACGGAUAGAACAAUAUAGCAGAGCCAAUAGAACCCCUUCACUCCAUACAAAGGACCUCCAGCACUGUCAUCGGCAGCAUCCCCCCUUUUUUCUUCUUAAAACUGCUUUGCUUGUAGAAGAGUAGAACGGUCGAUCUAGAACGGCGGUUGUGUGUCUCGUGUGCCGAUACGUGUUUCGAAAUACGUAUAUAUAUAUAUUUACGCGAUGCCUCGAGAGAUCGUCACGGUGCAGGUGGGCCAGUGCGGCAACCAGCUCGGCCUCCGCUGGUUCGAUGUGAUGCUGCAGGAGCACAAGGCCUACCCGCAGUACCCCGAAGCCCGCGACGCUGUGUUUCUGCAAGACCGCCAAAACAAAAAUGCACUCAAGGCUCGCUGCGUUGCGGUCGACAUGGAGGAAGGCGUCCUGCAGUCGAUGCUGCGCGGCCCGCUGAAGGACAUUUUUGACUCGAACUUCUUCGUCUCGGACGUUAGCGGGGCGGGCAACAACUGGGCCGUUGGCCACAUGGAGUACGGCGACCGCUACGUCGACUCCAUCGCGGAGUCGGUGCGGAAUCAAGUGGAGCAGUGCGACUGCAUUCAGUCCUUCUUUGUGAUGCAUUCGUUGAGUGGCGGCACGGGCUCUGGGUUGGGGACGCGGGUGCUUGGCAUGCUAGAGGACGAGUUCCCCCACGUCUUUCGCAUCUGUCCGGUGGUGUGGCCGUCUGAGGUGGACGACGUAGUGACCGCCCCCUACAACAGCUGUUUCGCGCUGAAGGAGCUGGUGGAGCACGCGGACUGCGUGCUGCCCAUCGACAACGACGCGCUAGCCCGCAUGGCGGAUCGUGCGCUGGGUGGUCGCAGAGGCCAAGGCGUCAUUGCGAACGGCGUCCCCCAACCGCACGCCUUCUCCGCCGCCCAGCCGACCACCACCCGCGGGCUCCCCUUCGACUCCAUGAACGGGCUGGUUGCCCAGCUGCUGAGCAACCUCACCUGUGCGAUGCGCUUUCCCGGGCCGCUGAACAUGGACAUGAACGAGAUCACCACGAACCUCGUCCCCUAUCCCCGGCUUCACCUCUUGACCGCGGCGAUUGCGCCGCUGAGUGUGUCGAGCAAGCACGCAGCAGUCGGGCCGCGCUCGGUGGAUGCGAUGAUCACGGCGUGCCUCGAGCCGGCGCACCAGUUCGUUGAUGUCCGCCACGGCGAGGGGAGCGCGGUGACGCGGGAGGCCGGGAUGACGCUGGCGACUGCGUUGAUCGCACGCGGGCCGCAGACCACCAUCGGCGACCUUACGCGAGGCGUCGUCAAGUUGCAUGAGCAGAUGGAGAUGCCGUACUGGAAUGAGGAUGGCUUCAAGACGGCGCUGUGCGGGGUGAGUCCGCUCGGGCACAAGGACUCCAUGCUGCUCCUGGCGAACAACUGCGCGAUUCGUGGCAAGGUGGAGAGCAUGCUCUCGAAGUUCGAGCGGCUGUAUUCGGUUCGUUCGCACGUGCAUCACUACGAUCAGUACUUGUCCCCCGCUACUUUGCGAACACGAUGGAGACGCUGCACACGCUGGUGGACGACUACGCGUACCUGGACACGGCCCCGCCGCCGAAGGAUGCUCCGCGCUCCAUGA